UUAGCUUCCAGAGAAUGGAGAAAAGAAUCACAGUCAAGACCGCAGAGUUCUAUAAGGAUAAAAGUAGUUGGUGAGCACAUGAAAGAUGUAAAAGCAGUUAAAAAAGCAAUUGAAGACUUUAUCUCUAAGAGUGAUUGGCAACAGCCAAAUGUUGCUGAACAGGUUAAAGUUCAAGAAGAAAUAGAACAUUCAUCAAAGGAACAGACAGAAAUUGUCAACAAAACCAAAUCUUUUGGCCAAACCCAAUCUGUCAGCCAGACAGGAAAUGUUGGCCAAACCAAAGCUGUCAGCCAGACAGGAAAUGUUGGCCAAACCAAAGCUGUCUACCAGGCAGAAGCUGUUAGCCAAACUAACAUAAAUAGCAUUACAGGAGCUGUCCAACAGAAUGGAGCAAUAACAGAACAUGAGGGAACAGAAAAACAGCAAGAAAAUAUGGAAAGUUCUGAAGUAUCUGCUGAGCUUAAUCAAGGUAUUGUAGAUCACCUGUUAAAAGAGUCUUCCAGAAAAUUUUAUCACACCUGGAAAACUCAAGUUGAAGAUGUUUAUAGUGUAAAGAUAACAGAAAACAGAGAAGAUGGUAAAUUACAGAUGAAUGUUUCAGGCUCAUUUGAAAGCAUAUUAAGAUUUGAGGAAUAUUUAGAGGAGAAUUUUCCAAACCUUCCCAAGAAAAGUCUAUCUGAAGAAAUGGAAUAUAAUGAAUCAAACUUCAUGAUUCCUGAUGGAGAGGUUGGUGUGCAAAUUCCAAUCACCAAAGAUGAAAAGACUAAAUUAAUGAUGUUUUAUGCUGAAGAAAUUAAACAUCUUACAGACAAGGGUUUUCUGUCUCAGCUAUUAACAUCAUCUGAGAACACAAUUACUCUGAUAUGCAGAAAAGACAAAGAAGCCUAUGUGAAAGAUGAGUUUAACUCCUUAAAAGAAAAGGUUAGUCAACUACAAGUCAGGAAAAUGCAGUUUGCAUCUCCUGAAGUGAUGAAAAAAGCUGAAACAUUGUGUUUGAAUAAGCAGACAGGUUCUUCUUUAAGAUACACAAAGGAUGAAAAGGAUAUGCAAAUUGAAAUCAUGGGUCUUGAUCCAAAAGCUUUGGAUGAUUUAGUGAAAAAUGUAAAAUGGGUUGUAGCAAAAGUAUAUGAAGAUAGUGACAAAAAGUUUUAUAUAUAUGGUAAUGUAUCUGUGUACAUUUACCAAAGUGAUAUUCUCAAAACAGAUGUUGAUUGUAUUGUUAGUUCUGGAGGUAAAGUUGCUGAAUGUAUUUCUAAGGUUGCGGGGAAGACUUAUGUAGGGCAGGCAGAAAAAUGGUUAAAAAGUUGUAAGCUAUCAUUAUCUAAGUGCUACUCAACUGGGUCAGGCAAUUUGAAGAGAAUCAAGAAAGUGAUUCAUGUUAAUUGCUCUUUUUCUGCUGGAGAUUGUCCAGACUUUCAAGGGUUACAUCUUAUACAAGAAUCAGUUGAAAACUGCCUUCUAGAAGCUGAUAAACAGGGAAUGAAGUCUGUGGCAUUUCCAUUCAUAUGUUCAGCCGGAUCUGGAUAUGAACUUGAUGAAUGUGCCCAGCAGUACAUUAGAGCAAUAAUAGUUUCUAGCCAGAAGUUGAAGAGUGUGAUGGAAGUCCAUUUUGUGGAUAAAGUCACAGUUGGAGAAGUAUGCAAAGUAUUUAAUGGCUUCUUUAAUAUGCUCAAAGAUAAUGAUAACUAUCUUUUAGCAUUUGGAAAAAACAACAAAUGUACAUUGGUGAACACAGCUAUUAAAUUAUGCAGCGGAGAUAUCCAGCUUUCUUUAUCUCAUGGCAUUGCGAUUUUUGUGGACAAGCAUGCGCAGCUACCUGGAAACAAUAGAUUACUACAGAACUUACAGGAAAUGGAAAAAACUGAUUUUCAAAAGAUGAUGAAGCGAGUAAGAGAAAAUGAUGAAAUAUGUAUUGUCCAAUCAAACUGUAGAAUGAUGUAUGAUGUACUUUUAGCAGCAUGUCCAGAUAUGAAAGAUGAGAAAAGUGAAAAUGAUCUGUAUGAAACAGUUACAAAAAUUCUGAAAAAGGCAUCAGAAAGGGGAUUUAUUAGUUUUGCAAUUGCAUUACCUGAAACAAACAGAGAUGGUAGAAUGACAAGACCUUGGAUUCAGAAAUUUUAUAAAGCACUUGUAGACUUCCUAAAGAAAAAUAAAACAAGUUUGAAGGAUGUAAAGAUUGUUGGUACAUGCGAAGAAAACCUGGAAGCUGUGUCAAAAGCUUUAGAGUUAAACAAAAAUAAAACGGGUACAUAUAGAGGUGAAUCUUAUAAUGAAACCAGGGUGUAAACAAAGAGUUGAAAGAAGAAUAAAUGGGGAGUUGCAACAUUCAAUACAUGCAUUGUAUAUUGGAAUACCCUUAUAUAUGUUUGUACAUGCAUACACUUCUUAAACUUCCUGUGAUUGUUUUCUAUUUUUCUUCUUAAUUGUUUUUCACACAUUUGUUUGGAUGUUUGAAUAUUUUGUCAAAAUUUUAGUAUGUGAAAUCAAAUGAUAUUUUUAGUGAGAUAACUGCUCGAUAAAUAAUUGUUUUUGGACAGAUACAAUUUAUUAAAUAAAUAAAAUAUUCUAACAGUGUUUGAAAGUGAAUAUAAUAAUGAUGUGUUUCACUGCUUUCAGAUUUAUAAACAUAGACAAAUUGUCUUUUGUAUGAAUAUUGCUUAAAAUAUUACCUUGCAAGAUCAUGUUGAUAUUGACAGUUGUUCUUGUCUGUUUCUAAAGUCUUAUUAUGCCCCCCUUUAAAGAAGUUGGGGUAUAUUGUUUGCAUCUGUCUGUCACCAUAAUUUGCUUGGUCCAUCGGUCCUUAGACCAAAUGGUUUCCUAUCAAUAACUAAAGAAUGCUUUGGCCUAGGAACUUCAAACUUGGUAUGAUGAUUGUUCAUGACCAGUAGAUGACCCUAAGUGAUUUUGGGGUCAAGGGGUCAAAGGUCAAGGUCACAUUGACCUUGUAGGUAAAAGCAGUUUCUGAUCAAUAACUUUAGAAAACUUAGGCCUAGGAACUUCAAACUUAGUAUACUGUUCUCCUCUUAGUUCAUGGUACUUAACACUUUAAAACAGUAAAGAACACAAACAAUACACUUACACAACAAAAACUGUCAUAAACUGUAUCAUUUAGUCAUUUUCCUGCUAUAUGACACAAGGAAACAACAAUAUAUUCAAUCAAAAUUAGUUUUAAUUUGUCAGAUGUAAACCGUGUGUCGGCCAUUUUGAAAACAGUGUGUCAUCAUUUACCUCGCGGUAAUGGUGUUUUAUUUAAGUUUUUCAUGUUUCAGUUAAAAUUUCUUUAAGUUAUUUUGCAUAAUUUUGAAUAUUAAAAGUAUUUUUACAUUGUAACUCAAAAUUUAUUUUUUGAACAAACAAGAACAUUUAGAAAAUGAUGAUUGUUUCAGACGUAUGCACAGAUUUAAUGGACUAUUGUUGUUUUUUGCAGAAGUUUGUAAAAUGUUGUUCAGUUUUACGUAAAAAUCUAUAGAUUUAAAUUAUUUUGCACAAAACUUUGUUGUUGAGGUGUUUGAAUAAAAUACUUCUAUUCUGACCAAUUAUAACAAUGGUCACAUGAAAAUAUGCCAUUACCGUGAGAUAAGUGAUGACGCAGAAUUAGUGAUGUUGAGUAUAUGUUGAUUGUUCAUGACCAGUAGAUGACCCCUAUUGAUUUUGGGGUCAAGGGGUCAUAGGUCAAGAUCACAUUGACCUUGUAGGUAAAAAUGGUUUCCGACCAAUAACUCAAGAACUGAAGUUGCUUUGGUUGAUAUUUUUAAUUAAAAUAAAAAUGCUAUUGGUAUACUUAUGUCAAGGUCUUAUGUGUUAUAACAUUGGCUGUCAUUAAGGAUGUCUACAUGAUUAAUAAAAUUUAUGUAUAUAUUAUUUGGUAAGAUGUGUGAUAACUUUGUCAUAAUAUUGCUGCAUACAUCCUUUACGAUUGCAAUUACCUAGCAAUUGACUAUUCAUGACCAAUAGAUUAAUGCCUGUUGAUUUUUUGAUCACUAGGUCAAAAGUCAGUCAUUAUAAUCUGACCACAUGACUGAUUGGGUGCCGAUAGGGUGCAUACAUGUUUUACAAACAUAUCUUGUUUCUAUUAUAACUAUAAACUAUAAGUAUAUAUGCCUUCAUAAGAUAUCUUUUGGCCUUAAUUUAUUUUUAAUAUUGCACAUGUUAUUUUACCACAGCUUUGACAAGUGAUUAAAGUCUUUAGAAAUUUGUCAAAAUUUGCAAUUUCUUCACAAAUAAUGCAGUAUAUGAAAAUUGGUUUGGCAAUAAUUAGUAUAUGUUAUGAAAGUUGUAUGAAACAGAUAAGUAAACUUUUAAGGCAAAACUGAGAAAGUUGCAUGGCUUUAUUUUCCUUUUUGUGAAUAUACAUUAUUUAUUAUUGUUAAUACAUAAUCAGUUUAAUCAGUUUUAUUUUUUUAUGCCCAAUCUUAAAGAUUUUGAAGUAUACUAUGAUGGGGUGGUCUGUAUGUAUGUAGAUGUAUAUAUAUCUUGACUGAAUGCAAUGUGAUUUGUAAAAAAUUGUUAUUCAUUUUGUUUUAUUCUGUAAUUUUUAUUUCUUUUUUUUUAAACAUUAUUUACAUUCCAUGUAGUAAUGAAAGGAUUUUUUGUAUUAUUAUAUGCCCGAAAGAAUUUCGGUCAUAUUAUGUUAUACCCCUUGCGUCCUUCUUAAGUAGCAAUUUGGUUUUCUGAGCAUAACUUAAGUUCCAUUUGGCCAACAAUAUUCAAACUUCAUAGGAUUAUUGUCCAUAUUGGGUAGAAGACCCUCUUGAUUUUAGUGUCAGAUAGUCAAAGGUCAAGGUCACAAUUACCUUAAAACUGAAAACAGGGCCCGCUCAAUAACUUAAGUAUAAAUCAACCUACAGCUGUAAAAUUUUAAAGGAUGAACAACCAUGUCCAAUACAUGACCCCUGUUGAUUUAAGAUCAAAGGUCAGGGUCACACUGAUCUUAACACUGAAAAUUGUGGUUUCCGGAGCAUAGCUUAAGUUCCAUUUGGACCACAGUGUUCAAACUUCAUAAGAUGAUUGUCAAUAUUGAGUAGAAGACCCCUUUAUGUUAUACACAUGGCGCCUUUUGUCCAUCCGUCAUAGCAUUUUUACUUACAAGAUAACAAUUGAUGGUGUAGCUAAAUUGGAAACAGCAACUGUAUAUACAUAUAUGAAGAUUCUUCAGCUAUAAAGGAGGAUUGCUUUUUUGAAGGAGGUGAUACUUUAUUUGAUUCCCAUGUCUUACAAAUGCUUCAUCCUUACUAAAAAAAAAAACUUUGGGGUAUUAUAAUAAUAAAAAUGCUCCGCCUAGCGGUGCUCUUGUUUAAUUUGCUUCAAUCCUUGUAAAGUUUUAACAGGUACCAUGUUUAAAAAGUUAAAUACUGUACAAAUGUGUACAAACAGAUUAUCAUUUGGCUCAUUAAGGCUCUCGUACAAUUAUUUGAAUGACAAAGAAAAAAUUUGUAACUGUAUAAUGAUUUGUUAUGGUAAUGAAGAUUUUUUAAAAUUCUUUUCUUCAUUUCUAUUUAUAUAUUAAAGUUAAAAGCUGGUCCAAUAUAUUAAACCAUAUUUAGUAAACAGGGAUAAUGCUUUGAUAUUUAAUAGAUUUUGCUGAAUGGGAAACUAUCUAAAAAAGUUAUGAAGUGAACCAACAUAGAAAAAUCAUUGAUGUUGCAGACUCUCUUUGAUUUGUGGAAAGUAAAAUAUGUGCCAUUUUAAUUUGUAACAAUUGUACAUAAAAGUGUUUGCUCUUGCUUCGCUUCAUUUGUUCGCUAAUAAGAUCAUUAUACCUCCACACAACAAGGUUGUAACUUGUUGUAAGAGAGGUAUACUGGAAUCAGCUUGGCCUUCCAGGCAUCCGCCAAUUUUUUCCUUUUUCGCCCAAUAACUUAAGAUUUCUUUGACCCACAGUCUUAAUAUUAAUUUGGUAUAUAGAUUGGACAUGAUUAGUAGAUGAGGUCACCAGGUCAAAGGUCAAGGUCACAGGGACCUUGACUAAGAAAGCUUUUCAUAUUUAGUAUUCCCAUUGGUCAUAAUUAGUAGAUACCCCUGUUGUCUUGUCCAGAGCAUAACUCGGUUACUAUAAAUCAGAUUGACUUCAAACUUUGUAUGCAUGCUUCUUUCAAUGACCCAAAGUGCAGUGCACAUGAAUCGAUACUUUGCACUUCUAAAUUUUUGAGUUAUUGCCCUUUGUUAGUAUGUACUUGAAACUUCAUAGGAUGAUAGAUCUCAUGAAGGAGAAGUGCAGUGAACAAGAACUAGAACUCUGCACUUCUUAUUUUUUGAAUUAUUGACAUUUGUUAAUGUUCAUACUUUAUUUUUGUCUGGGCCAUUUCUCAUAAACUAUAAAAGCUAUGUACUUGAAACUUCAUGGGAUGAUAUCUUAUUGAGAUGAAGUGCAAUAUUAAAAAAUUAGUACUCUGUACUUGAUGAUUUUUGAGUUAUUGCCCUUUGUUGUCUUACUUUAUUUUUGUCUGGGCCAUAUCUCCUAAACUAUGAAAGCUAUAGACUUUAAACUUCAUAGGAUGAUAGAUCUUAUUAAGAAGAAGUGCAGUGCACAAGAACUUGUACUCUGCACUUCAUGAUUUUUUAGUUAUUGCCCUUUGUUAAUUUUUAUACUUUAUCUUUGUCCGGGCCAUUUCUCCUAAACUUUAAAAGUAAGUAAGUAAGAAAGUAAGUAAAAUCUUUAUUCGCUGAGGCUACACAUUUGGUUACCCAAUCUUCCAUGUGGGCCUCAAAACAUAAAUACAUGUAUACAUAAAAUAUACAUAAUUUACAUCAUGGUUAUACAGUGAAAUUUUCAAAUAACAAACAUGAAAACACAAAAUGCAUAAUAUAUACAUAAAAGUGGCAUAAAAAACACAAACAAUACUAACAACAAAACAAAAAACAAUGUACAUUCAAACAAAAUACAUAUUCAGACCACAGUUGCAUGUACAUGAUAAUGUGCAUACAUUACUUUACACUAAAUCUAUGCAAGAUCAAGGUACUUAUGUGAAAUUCCAACUGAGAUUGGAAUUUUCCAAUAGUUUCAGAUUUACGAAUGGACAAAAAGGGAUAUUUUUCCAUAGUUUAGGGCCCGAAUAAGUCAUAGAUUUACUUAAAAUUUCAUUUUUUAUGUGUGGCAUAAAUAAAUCUGAAUUUUUUGCUGACCUAAGGUUAUGCUCAUGUCUUUGGUGAAUAAAUUGAAAUUUGUUUUUCAUGUACUGUGGAAAUGAGUCAUUGUUCAAAGAUUUAUACAUAGUGACAGCUUUCUUGUAUUUCAUUCUUUCAUCAAAACCUAUGGACAUGAAACUUUAUAGGAUAAUAGAUCUCUUUGAGAUGAAAUGCAGUGCACAAAAACUGGUAAUCCAUGAUUUUUGAGUUAUUGCUCUUUGUUAAUUUUCAUACUUUAUUUUUGUCCCAUCCAGUUCACCUAAACUGUAAGAGCUAUGGACUUGAAAUUUCAUAGAUCAGAUGAUAGAUCCAAUUGAGAAGAAGUGCAGUUUACAAGAACCAGAACUCUGUACUCCAUGUAAUUGUAAAAGGGGUGUUUAUAAAUUACCUAUAUUUAAGAAGAAAAUGCCUAAGUGACAGCUAUACUGUUCACAAGGUGGCACAUCCGACUCGCGGAGUUCUUGUUAUAACAUGAAAAUACUUUAUCUCUGUCUCUGUACUGUUGUCAUAUUUAUAAUUAUGUAUUAUGUACAGUAAUAACCAAAUGAUUCUUCGGGUUGGAUGUUGUGCUUACCAACUUACUAUUGUAGUGCUGAGCUUUACUGAGCAGUAUUGAGAUUUAUAUGGUGACAUAUUAUUGUUCAUAAAAAAUGUUGUGUAUGACUUUUUUUUUCUAUAAAAAAUAUUGUUUUGCUUAGUAGUUUAUGUUUCUGCUAUUCAUAAAAGCGUUUGCUACUGUGUAUUCAUGAACAUUGUAAAUGGUAUUAAAUGAUUGUUUUGCUGUUUGCAGUAGUCAACAGAUAAAACACCUAACAUUUACAUACUUUAAUUUGUUGUGGAAUCAUUUCCCAAUGUUCUUCAUGAAUCAAAUAUCAAGUGAAUGAUUGGGCAAAAAUAAAUUCAUUUCAUAUAAUAUAUAUUGUAACCAAAUUUUAAUUUGUUGUUUGUUGUGUUUUAAAAUUUUAACUAUAUUAGAUUUGAUGUGCAAACAUAAAUAAUAAUGCAAUUCUAUGUUUAUUAGACUUGUUUGAUUAUUUGCAUGAUUGGAUUUUACUACAGGUAACAAAGAAAAUGAACCUUUUAACAGUUAUUUGAUUAUUUAAAGUGUAAAUUAUAUGCUGGUUAUACAUCUAUUUGUAAAUUUGUUUAAUUAAGUUUUGUCUCAUAAAAAUUACAGUGUUCUUUUAGUAUGCCUUUUGAUGCUUCACAUGGAAGACUAAAACAAUUUUGCUAUUUUAAAUACCACAAGAGCAAACUUAAUGUAAAAUUACUAAUGUUAUCUUAUACAAUAUAAGAUAGAAUUGAUUUUUAAUUACUCAUUUAAAUACGAAGUACAUAAAUGUAUGUGACAUACAGUUUUAUUUCUAUACAAAUACAGCAUGUACAGUCUGUCCAUUCCAUUAAAAGGCAGAAAUUUAUAUAUGUCAGAUCUAUUUCAUCAAAAUUCCUGACAAGACUAAUUUGAUAAAGUCUUGUACAUGUCUCUUAAUGACCCUUAUAAAUAUGAUGUAUGGUUAAGUCGAGACUGAAAUAAUGUUAGCUUGGUGGUCAUUUAAGACUUCUUUUACUUUAAAUU